CGGUUGCUCUUUCCCAGCAUCCUUGCGCUCAGGUUCCUCAGGCGCUGCUGCCCCCCUCUGUCUUUACAGCACCCGACGCAGGGCGGGACCGGACUGGACGCCUGCCGGACCCCGUGUCACGGUCUGCCGACGCUGCCUCCGCAGUGGCGCUGCGUUUUACAUAAUCCGAUUGCACUCUUUCUUUUCACCCGCGACGGUGAACAGACCCCGCAUUCAUCUUCCACGACGCUCCUUACUUCCUAGUCCUAGCACUUGUGGAAUAUGGACUCAGUAUCCUCGAUCUUUGGCGGUGGGGACGCGACCGAUACGUCGACCACGGCCGCGCAGACGACCACUCGCGAGGCUACAACUACUCGCGAGGAAACGACUGCGACAACUCCGACGACAACGUCCACCACUAGCACCUCCACCACCCCCACCACCACCUCCACGACUCCUACCACCACAUCAACCACCUCCUCGACUACUUCCUCUUCCUCUACCACAACCUCAACAAGUACUACACCUACGAGUACUUCCUCAAGUACGACUUCGACCUCUUCUACGUCCUCGACCCAGGAGACUACGAGCAGUACUUCCCAGACGUCGACUUCUUCCACGACAAGCCUUGCUGUUACAACAAAUACAGAUGGGGGACAGGUCACCAGUACUGUCGUCGUGGGUGUGAGUCCGUCGGUCACGAGCAGCGCCCCCAGCAGUACCUCCAGCAGCGACAGCUCGAACGGGGACACAGGCUUUUGGAACAACAAGGGCGCAGUUGCCGGCACCUUCACCGCAGUCGCUGUGGUCGGUGCUGUCAUCGUUGUUUACCUCCUCACCGCCUUCCUUCGCCGACGCCGCGCUAAGAAGUUCGACAAGGAGGUCGAAAAGGCCGCCGCUGAGGCCGCUAUGGCCACCGCCCCGCGCUUCGAUGACGAUGACAACGAUUACCCUGCGUCGUCCUCCUAUCCGCCUUCGAACCCGUAUUCGGACCACUCGCACGGAACAUAUAACCAGCCGCCAAUGCCCACGGAGACCUACAACAUGCAGGACUUCAACAACUACUAUUCAAAUGGAUACGACAACCCGUACGCUGCCGCCGGUGUCGCUGGCGCGGGUGCUGCGGGCAUGGCUGCUGCUGGGAACAGGCAAUCCUCGUACAACGCUGGCGCUGCUGGAGGGUACGAUUAUGGUAGCACUGAGGGCGGGGCUCAAUACGCCCAGCCCCAGGCGCAGCCAUAUGCAGCGUACGCGGGGCCGGACUAUUAUCAGAAUCAGCCCGGCAGCGCUUCCGCCUAUGCCGGCGGCUUCGACCAGCAACAACAGCCUGGUGGCUACGACCAGGCUUACGCGUAUGGCGAGCCGUCGCACUCGCCGACGUAUGAGGCAUACGGAGAUGCUGGACCCGCUCCUGCCCCUACGGCGCCCUCUGCUUCGUCUCACUCUGCGGGUGCCACGACCGCUGCCGCCGGUGCUGGUGCCGCUGCCGCGCCGCUCAUGCGCGCCAAGUCGGGUGCACGGAGCCUCUUGGAUAUGGACUCUGGCGGGGCGCAGGAUAUGCGUCCGAACAACGGCGAGAGCUACGCUGCUCACUACCAGCCGGGAGCCGGUGACCGCACUUCGCGCGCGGGCGACAACGAGCUGCCGAACCCCUUCUCAUCGAAGGUCCAAUACGUCGAUGACGAUGACGAAAGCGACGACGACGACGACCAGCCGCAGCCAAAGGUGCUCAAGGUCGCGAAUCAAUAAAGCCCUGAAGUCAAACAGUAUAAUCGCUUGUGAGGUCGUGUUCCCGGUGAUCACGCUCGUACCCUUCGUGCACCCCCUGUACCAUCCGUGAUCGCAUGCACCGUUACCUCUUGUGCUCACCGUGAUUACCUGUCAUACCUGUCAUCUCACACCUCCCUUCCGGACAAAGGGCGAACUGCCGGCGAGUCACCUUUCCGGUGGAUUUGGCCCAAACGCAUCUUGACUAGAGGACCGGACGAACCAUCUACAAGCGCUGUCUGCACGACAGCCUGUUCGGUCACCUACGUUCCCUUUUUCUUUAUUUCUUACAUAUUGGACAUUGCACGCAUGCGAUGCUUGUUCUUACAGCGGUUUGCGUUACUUUGCGGAAUCCGCGCGAAUUCUGCGUGCGUGUCAUGUUUGGCCGCAGCCUCGCGGCACCUGCCGAUUAGCCCUCAGAAAGUCGCCCCUCGUUCGAUACCAUAU